UUUUUAAACACUUCUCAACCCAAAUGUCAAUUUCAUCGAAAUUGUUGAUUAGUCCAUACUCUAUCACCUUCAAUGUUGGGGUGGACUCAAUUUUCAUUUUCAUUGCACCUUGAAUUCUUGAAAUAACCUCCACCGCAAUUAUCUACAGUGAAUAACAACUCCCUGGUACCCACCACACCAGAGUUAGUACCCCGUCUUACUUUUUGAGUUAACAAAGAAAAGAAACAAGAACAUCAGCACCCAACUACUCUUUCAUAAUAUCAUUCUAAUUUCUACAGUCUUGGUGAUAUAUUUUAGACAAAUGGGUUUUUUCUGGUUCUCAAAUUGACUUCUGAAUUUCUUUCUUGUUGAAACAACUACUUUAUUUAUGUUCAAUCGGUUGUUAAGCUCUCGUUUUCCUUUCUCAAUCGGUAGUUUAGGGCUGUUGUUUGACUCCACUCGAAGCAACGAUAUCUUUCACUCUUCCUUCAGAGUUAUAUCUAUGUUUCGGUUGUGAGAAUUUCAUCUUCCACUUCGCCCGAUUGUAAAAUAGCUGAGUCGUGAUUGGGUAUUUUGUGAUCAGAGAAGACUUGGGGUUUAUGGGGUUGAAGGUGAAAGAAUUUAGGGUUUUCUUCGGGUUGUUGUGGUUUGUCCUGUCAAAUUUUCAGCCGGUUGCAGGAUUAAGACCUCUCAGGGAGAGAGCUCGUUCAUGGGGUGAUGAGUGGCUUGUUGCAAGGAAAGAUGAGAAUGAAGUGGGCCCAUUCUCUGCAUGGAAUAUAACUGGGACAUACAGAGGAGCUUGGAAAUUCAUCCAGUCUUCAAAUACCUCUUCCAGGUUUCCAGAUUUUAAGAAAUCAAGUGGAAAUUCUGUAUUGGAGUUGAUGACUAGGCCAACUAAAAUAAAUGGUGUACAUUAUGUUCAGGGUGUAAUGAUUUUCCAUGAUGUGUUUGAUAAUGAGCCAGAAGUUGGUCGUGUCCAAAUUAGGGUAGAAGGGGUAUACAUAUGGCCAUUCAGACAACUUCGAAUGGUAGCUAACAGUGGAAGAGAGGGAGAGUUUGGUCAAGAAGAGGAUUAUAUCUUAUCCAACCCCUACCACUUGCUUGGAGUUUUCUCAUCACAAGUAUUUCAGGAGUCUCCACGAGAUAAGAUCUGGAAGAGCAAACAAUCCCCAAUUAGUGACAUGGACAAGCAUUGUAAUGUUGAAAUCUCUGCUCAAAUUUCUCGUGUCUCAUCCACCCAAAGUGAUGGAGAGCAUGAUCGUUAUUACUUGGAAGGGUUAAUGGAGAGCCCUUCUGCUGAUGAUGAUGGAGAUUGCUUCUCACCCAUGUUAAUGAAUGCUACUUCAGUCAACAUUGAGGUUUACUAUAACAAAGCAGUGAAUUACACUUUAAUGGUGACCUUUAUUUCUUUUCUUCAGGUUCUUUUGUUAAUUCGGCAAAUGGAGCAUAGUAAUACACAAUCUGGGGCUGCAAAAGUAUCGAUUUUGAUGAUUGGACAGCAGGCUAUCAUGGAUGCUUAUCUUUGUCUUUUACAUUUGACUGCAGGGAUAUUAGUUGAGUCACUAUUUAAUGCUUUUGCUACAGCUGCAUUUUUUAAGUUUGUGGUGUUCUCCAUCUUUGAGAUGAGGUAUCUUCUUGCCAUAUGGAAGGCAGGUAGGUCUGCAAAUAAUGGAGAGGGUUGGGAAGCUAUGAGGCGUGAACUUUCAGUUCUUUACAGUCGAUUCUAUGGAAUCCUUUUAGGUGGAAUUUUGAUCAUGUAUGAGUUCCAUAGAUAUCUAAGGCCGAUACUCCUUGUUUUGCAUUCGUUUUGGAUUCCACAAAUUGUGACUAACAUUUUUCCAGGCUGCAGUUCUCAUUCUACAACACUAUCUUGGAUCCAGAUGCUUUAUUCCUCGACAGAUUUUGCCCGAGAAAUAUUGUUAUUUUAGAAAAGUUGAUCAGGAUUCGACUCAUGCUACCGAUUGUGUCAUUUGCAUGACUGCUAUUGAUCUGACUCAGAAUUCAAAUGAUUGCAUGGUUACUCCAUGUGAUCAUUUUUUCCACUCGGGAUGUUUACAAAGAUGGAUGGAUAUAAAAAUGGAGUGCCCAACAUGUCGGCGUUCACUUCCACCUGCUUAAAAUUUUAUAAUAUGGACAUAUCAUUACCACUCUGCUCAUGGUUGAUCAUGGAUGUUGAAUUGCAGCCAAGAGGAUAUUAGCCUAAAGUGGACUUUUGUAGAAAGUAAAAAGAAGAAGGGUGAGAGGGGUAGGCUGCAUAAAAACUGUAUAUUGUACAUUAUGUAACUCAUUUCAAAACUUCCCGAAUUUAUUCCUCACAAAUAUUGACCUGAGAAACCACAUUCCAAGAUACUAAUCUGCAAGCAUGUUUAUUAAAGAUCAGAUGUAUAUACAAAUGUACACAUUGGAAAUAACUUCAGUUUCUUGAUUUUGUAUCUUUUCAAUAUCUGGUUUGUGGUUUUAGUUGUCGUUAUUCAGUAUGUAUGGGUAACAAAUUGUAAGUAUAUGUAGAUAUGUGUUACAUAAACUACAUUGCUUGUAUUGAUAAAAAGAGAAAUAUAUCGGUAUUACAUGCAGUU